CUGGACCGCAUCGCCCCCCAUGGCGCGCUGGCGCAGUCCACAAUCCUCGUGAGGUUUGGCGCUCCUCCUCCGCGAUCGAUCGAUCCAGGCCGUUUUUAGGGUUCCUGGCGCUGUGAAUCGUCGUCCCGAUCGCGCUCCACCGGCGCAUUGCUGCUGAUCAUGCGAUUGCCGCGCGCGCGGAGCCAGCUAUGGGCGUGCUGUCGAGAUUUGUGAAGAGCAGCGAGCGGAAUCACGAGGUGUUUGCGACGUGGGUAGCGCUAGGGAUUCUCUUCCUCUACUGGUGCCUGGGAUUCAUUGUUGCGAGCGUCAAGAGGAUCUUUGGAAGGAAGGCGAGGGCAUCGAAAGCGCGGUCGUGUGUUGAAACAAGCAGGUGUCCCGCGACAGCGUUGGAAAGCUUGAUAAAGGAAUCGGAGCUGCGAAAGCUCAUAGAGGAGCUAGACGAAGUCGAUCAAAGCAGUGGUAACUGGAGCGUUGUUCUUGACAAACGCAACGAUGGUGUCUCAUAUUUUGCAAAGCGUCGUGAACCAAAGGACGGAGGGCCGACCGAGUAUCUCAGCACUACAACCUUUGAGAAUUGCACGGCCGAGUUGCUUCGCGAUUUUUACAUGGACAACGAGUUUCGUUUGCAGUGGGAUAGCACGGUUUUGAAGCACGAGCAGCUGGCUUUGUGUCUCAAAUCCGGAACGGAGGUCGGCCGGACCGUGAAAAAGUUUCCGCUGAUGAUGGCGAGAGAAUACGUUCUCGCGUGGAGGCUUUGGAAAGCUGCGGAAAACACAUACUUCUGUGUCAUCAAGGCUUGCGAACAUCCUGCUGCUCCAAGGCGACAGGAAUUUAAGCGGGUCAAAGAGUACCUAUCGGGCUGGAGAAUUCAAGCAGUUCCUGGCAGCAAUGCUUGCGAGGUGAAAAUGCUUCACAGGGAAGACAUUGGCGUCGGGAAAGAGAUGGCAAAAAUGGCCUUCUCUCGCGGCAUCUGGAGCUACGUCAACAAGAUGGAACACAACUUACGAUCAUACAAGAGCUCCGGCUUGGACAAAAGGCGCAAAGCAAAGCCCGACGCGGUGACUCUUUGCAACAAGAUACCUUUGGAGCUCGAACGAAAGGACUUCUUCGCUAGCUCACGCUCGCAUAGCCAAAGCUAUGGUGGCGGCAGCGCAGAUCGAACAAGCCAGAAUGGAAGCGAUCGUCACAAACCAGUGAGUUUCCUGAUGCAAAGUGUAUUUCUUCUAGGCUGGGCAGUGGUGCUCGGCCAUGGUUCUAGUUCUAUAGGUUCCAAGGUCGCGGCUGCCGUGUUUAUGAACAAGGCUGUGCGGCGAAGAAGGCAGCUACCGCGAGGAGGCGGCCACCAACCAUGUCGCUACAUUUCCAAGAGCUUUUCAAUCCAUCGCUAGUGUUUGAUCCGACGCUCAAAAUCCUGCCACGACUGCGGCUGCCUACUUGGCCCUAAUACCAACUAGGCCCUUUUCUUUUACCUUUA